CAUCACCAGCAGCCGCCCGCGAUCAGCCAGCUUUGUGAGGGAUGGUGCAGGCCUGAUGGCGCAGUCUGAGCCGCUGGUGCCGACGGCGCCCCCUGUGGAGCCGAGGCCCCUGGAGCUGGACGUCCUGGGCUUCUUGGGGCAGCUGGAGGUGGAAAACAGCACGGCGGAGAGAUGCUACAGCUCACACUCCCGCAGCAGCGUCCUGCAGGGCCUGCCGUUCGGGGGCGUGCCCACGGUGCUCGCCAUCAACGUGGUGCUCUGGAUGUUUUUAUUGCUCAUCUUUUCUUGUCUGAGGAAGGCGGCGUGGGACUACGGCCGCCUGGCCCUGCUCAUGGAGAACGACAGCCUGACGUCCCUGUUUUAUGGAGAACCCAGUGAGAAAGAGAAGUCUCCCUCUGAGUCCAGCCCGUCCGACUCCGACACCAAGGACAUGGGCUUCUGCUCGUGGCUCUCGUCUCUUUACCAUAUGAAGGAUGAGGAGAUCCGCAGUAAAUGUGGCAUCGACGCCGUCACGUACCUGUCCUUCCAGCGUCACAUCAUCCUGCUCAUGACGGUGGUUUCCCUGCUGUCUUUGGCCGUGAUCCUGCCGGUCAACUUUUCCGGGAACCUUCUGGGAGACAGUCCAGAGAACUUUGGAAGAACAACACUGGCCAAUGUUAGUGCAAAGGACAGUUUUCUGUGGCUGCACAGCAUCUUCGCUCUGGUCUACUUCAUCAUCACACUGCUGUGUAUGGCUCACCACUCGAUCCGCUUGGAAUACAGAGAAGAUGAGAAGGUUGCCAGGACGCUGAUGAUAACCUGCAUACCCAGAGAGAUCUCAGACCCGGGACUCAUCACCAAACACUUCCACGAGGCGUACCCCAGCUGCACCGUCACUGACAUCCGUUUCUGCUUUGACGUGCACAAACUGAUGAGGCUGGACCUGGAGAGACGGAAAGCGAUGAAAGGCCGACUGUAUUUUGCCACGAAAGCCCAGAAAGAGGGUAAAAUCAUGAUCAAGACGCACCCCUGUGCUCAGAUAUUCUGCUGCGACAUAUGUGGAUUUGAGAAGGUGGAUGCAGAACAGUACUACAGUGAACUGGAGGAGAAGCGCACGGAUGAGUUUAAUGCCGAGAAGAACCGCAUCUCCAUGAAGAGGCUGGGCAUCGCCUUCGUAACCUUCCGUGACGAGAGGAUGACGGCUGUCAUCGUGAAGGACUACGGCCGUGUGCACUGCCGCCGCAGACCCCAGCAGUCCAGCAUCACCACCGUGGUGCAGUCGCACAAGUGGGGCGUCAGCUACGCCCCGGCUCCAACUGACAUCAUCUGGGAGAACCUGUCGGUGUGCGGCUCUCGCUGGUGGCUCCGCUGCGUCCUCCUCAACAUCCUCCUCUUCCUGCUGCUCUUCUUCCUCACCACUCCCGCCAUCAUCGUCAACACCAUGGACAAGUUCAACGUCACGAGGCCCGUGGAGAGCCUGAGGAGCCCGGUCGUUACGCAGUUCUUCCCGACCCUCCUGCUGUGGGCGUUCUCCGUGCUCCUGCCCUUCAUCGUCUACUACUCCGCCUUCUUCGAAUCCCACUGGACCAGGUCCGGUGAGAACCAGGUGACGAUGCACAAGUGCUUCUUACUGCUGGUCUUCAUGGUCAUCAUCCUGCCCUCGCUGGGACUGUCCAGUCUGGACCUGUUCUUCACUUGGCUCUUCGACGUUCAUUUUCUGGAUGAUAAGAAUGUGAAAUUCCAAUGCGUGUUCCUUCCGGACAACGGGGCGUUCUUCGUGAACUACGUGAUCACGUCCAGCCUGAUCGGCACGGCGAUGGAGCUGCUGCGCAUCCCGGCGCUGACGGUCUACGCCCUCCGCCUCUGCUUCGCCAAGUCCCAGGCCGAGCGGAUCCAUGUGAAGCGGAGUCAAGCCUAUGAGUUCCAGUUCGGCCUGGAGUACGCCUGGACCAUGUGCAUCUUCGCCGUCAGCAUGACCUACAGCAUCACGUGUCCCAUCAUUACACCCUUCGGCCUGCUCUACGUGAUCCUGAAGCACAUGGUGGACCGAUACAACAUCUACUACGCAUACGUUCCCACCAAGCUCAACCAGCGCAUCCACCGGGCGGCCAUCAGCCAGGUCAUGGUGGCGCCCAUCCUCUGCAUGUUCUGGCUGCUCUUCUUCUCUGUGCUCAGACUAGGUCCGAUCCACCCCAUCACCCUCUUCACCUCAGUGUCUCUGAUCUCCUGCAUGGCCUGCUAUCUCCUCCGCUUGUGCCUUAGAAAGCAGCCGGACAAGUCGACCAGUUACCAGAUGUCCGACCAGCCGGCCGAGGGGACGUUCACCGACGCAGACAGGAGCGCCGUGACGUCCACCACCGCCUCCAGUCUCUUCGUGGCGUCCGUGCUGCUGGAGCCGGAGCUGGCUCUGACUCCGAUGCCCUCCCCGGCUCACCACAGCUAUGGCGCCAUGGCCAGCUCCCAGAGUUCAGGCCACGGCGCGGCGGAGGAGGAGGACGGCGACGGGGAGCACGCCCAGACCCGCGAGACCGAGCUGCAGGACCCCCCGGACCCGUACUGCUCCGGCCCGCUCAUGGACAGCCCCGUGGGCUACCAGUAACCCCCGGCCGCCCAGACCCACGUCCACAUGUGGAGCGCCGACUCGUAAUGCUGCGUCUUCACCGCUGACCUCAGACUCCAACUCAGCUGCCUCAGACCCCGAGACCAGACCGCCAACGAAGGAAUAGACCCGCCAAAUCCGCCCGCGCACAUCACGACGCCUCCCGAACAUCUCAAGGCUUUAUCUGCAAGCUCCAAGUCGGGGUGGCUCUGCGAUGAGGGGAAGGGGGGCGCGCUUGGACGCCAGCGGAGGUGAAAGUUCCCGCCGGAGUGGGCGGUGUGAGCAGGCCUGCCCCGGCAGACUGGCAGAGUGGUCCGGGCCCGGGUGGUGAUAUCUGGUUCCCUCUGAGGGUGAGGCCGGCGAGUUGUGAAGCCAUCUGCAGUGAGAGAGCAGACAGACGGAGGGCCGAAUGUAACCGGGAGAUGUACUGUAAUAUAUGUACGCCUCUCCUCAGACACUCGCGCAGCUCGACUCAACCCGCAGCUCCGCUGUAACCAGGACCGACUGGAAGUUGCUAUUUUUGCUACAGUAUUUUCAGUGUCGUCGAUAUCGUGCUUCGGG